AUGUCGAUCGCAGACAUCCCACCACUGGCAGUCAACUUCUCUGCUAUUCUGCCGACGUUUCUCAAUGCCUCGACUACCAGGACGUUGCCAGACUGCUCGAUCCCUCCACUGAGCAAUGUUGCCAUACAUGACAGAGCAUCAUUUCUCAUCGCCGAAUUCACUCUGGAAGAGAAAAUCAACCGCACCGGCUUCCUCCUAGGCGAGAUCCCUCGAUUAGGACUGCCAAGUUUCUCACUAUACUCCCCCGAACUGUGCAGACGAGGAUCGUUCUGGAACGAAGCCCUCCACGGCGUAGCCAACAUCCUCGGCGCCGUCUUCGCCCCAAACAGCAGCGAACCCUACAGCUCCGCCACCUCCUUUCCCCAACCAAUCCUCAUGGCCGCCGCCUUCGACGACUCCCUCGUCCACUCCGUCGCCUCAAUAAUCAGCACCGAAGCCCGCGCCUUCGGAAACGCUGGUCGUACAGGCCUAAAUUUCUUCACCCCCAACGUGAACCCCUUCCGCGACCCCAGGUGGGGACGAGGGUUGGAGACGCCGGGUGAGGAUCCCUUUCAUGUUGCGGAGUAUACGAAAGCGUUGCUGAAGGGGCUAGAGGCUGAGGAAGAUGGGGUGAAGAGGGUGGUGGCGACGUGUAAGCAUCUUGCGGCGUAG